CGCCAGAACCGACACUGGGGAAACUGGCCACAAGCAGAACUACAGUGUUUGUCUGUUUUCAUUAUUCGCAACUUUUCCUGUGUUAUUGCCCCCUUAAAAAACAGGAAACCAUAGCUUAGAGAGAGAAAUAAUUUCCCCCAAAAGGACAGAGACAGUUAAGUAGCAGUCCCCUGUCGGCCAAGUUCAACGCCCAGACCUCUUCCACUUCGCCUCAGCGCAGGCUGAGAUCGCGGGCUUCUUCGCCAGCAUUGAUGGGGAGUUUUAUUGUCGAAUCUCCCAGGUGUGUCGUGAUCCGCGGGAGCAGGUGUUGGCAGCAGGAGCAUUCCUCCGGGCCAAAUGUGCAGGAGACGAUGCCCCUCCUCAACCAGCAGAUCGAAGAGGAGAAUGAUUACAGCUUGACGGCCAGCCUUGACAACGUUAGGAAUCUCUCCACUAUCUUAAAGGCUAUUCAUUUCCGAGAACAUGCCACGUGUUUUGCUACUAAAAAUGGAAUCAAGGUUACAGUGGAAAAUGCAAAGUGUGUGCAAGCAAAUGCUUUUAUUCAGGCUGGAAUAUUUCAAGAGUUUAAAGUUCAGGAAGAGCCUGUUACUUUUCGAAUUAAUUUAACUGUCCUUUUAGACUGCUUAUCUAUUUUUGGAUCAAGUCCUAUGCCAGGGAUUUUAACUGCACUUCGAAUGUGUUAUCAAGGUUAUGGUUACCCUCUGAUGCUGUUUCUUGAAGAAGGAGGAGUGGUGACAGUCUGUAAAAUCAAUACGCAGGAGCCUGAGGAAACUCUGGAUUUUGAUUUCUGCAGCACCAAUGUUAUUAAUAAAAUCAUUCUGCAGUCCGAGGGGCUCCGUGAAGCAUUUUCUGAAUUGGAUAUGACAAGUGAGGUCCUACAGAUCACCAUGUCUCCUGACAAGCCUUACUUCAGGUUAUCUACUUUUGGGAAUGCAGGAAGCUCCCACCUUGACUAUCCCAAAGAUUCUGAUUUGAUGGAGUCAUUUAAUUGUACUCAGACCCAGGUCAACAGAUACAAGAUUUCUUUACUGAAACCCUCUACAAAGGCAUUAGUCCUGUCUUGUAAGGUAUCUAUUCGGACAGAUAACCGGGGAUUCCUCUCAUUACAGUAUAUGAUUAGAAACGAAGAUGGACAGAUAUGUUUUGUGGAAUAUUACUGCUGCCCUGACGAAGUUCCUGAAUCUGAAUCUUAAGUAUGACAGUACAUUGUGACACUUAUGUAUACAUUCAUGAUAGGUCAUAUUCUCAUUCUGGGUAUAGUACCCUUCAUGAUUUCUUACUGGAUUUUCUCAAGUGAAGAAACGUGGAGGAGAUAGGAGCAAGAUCCCUGUAUCCUAAUAGUUGCUGUAUAUUUUGUCAGUAAGUGUUUUCAUGGAAUCGUAGAUUAUUCAGUACUGGACUAUCCUGUGGUUCUGUCUUUUGAACUCAUCGGAAUCAUUACGAACCAAGAUAGAUAAAUUAAUUCUAUUCUAUUUAAGUAGGACAUUUCAAGAGUCUAAAAAUUCAAAGUUUGAUGAAGCCAUAUCCGAAAUGUUCUUUUGUUUAUUUGCUAUUAGAAAAAGCAAAGGCAUACGGGCAUUGCUUAUUAGUUUGAAUCUAGAGAAUAUAUCUUAAAGCAAUGAUUCUCAAAGUGCUGUGCCCGGACAGAUAGCAUCAGCAUCACCUGGAAACUUGUCAGAAACUCUGGCAGUGGGCCAGCAAUCUCCAAUUUAGAAAGCUCUCCUGCCUCCCACCCCCCAGGAAAUUCUGAUGUAUGCUAAAGUUUGAGAAUCAUUAUUUUAAAGGAUACUUUAAAAACAAAAAAUAGUAUUGAAUUGAUUAAUUGCAUUGAACUGAUUGCAUUUAUCUGUGGUUUCUUCACAAAUCUGCUGAAGUUUAGGCAUCGCCAAACAAGUCUGAAUAAUUAUAUGACUUAUUUUUAAAGUAUACAUUUUGAAGAAAUCUCUGAACAAGAUAAACAGUCUUUAAAGUUACAGAUGUUCUUCAAAACAGCUCCUCAAAACUGUUCAGUGCAGUGAGUACUUGUUAGAUACCUUCUACUUCCCUAUAAGAGUUUCUCAACCAAACCAAGGUGUAGAAAACCAGUUAUUAAGUGAUUUUUCAUUUCUUGGCUAAUUUUCAAUGAAAUAAUUUUGUGGCAUGUCAGUAUUUAAUAAAAUGUAAUGUUAAAACUAUCUGACUUGUUUUCUAGUAGAAAAAAUACAUAACUAAAAUGAAGUUUCUGUACCAAGUAACAACAGCUCAGUGUCUCUAGGUGGGCGGCACCACUGGCCUUUUUGGUGGGGAAAAAACUGCCAUCCCAGUGCAGGAUUCAUUUAGCCUCCCUGUCCCUUACCCACUAAUACCAGUCAGUGUGACCACCCCCUUCCCCAAAUAAAUAGUGCCCCCUACUACUGAUGGCUGGGAACCAUUGAAUGAUAUUCACCAAAUUCUGAGGGUGUAUUUGUAAUGUGCUGCCAUAAAACAGGCUACAUAGUAUUAGAGGAAAUUGGUUUGGAGAGUAAGGCACUUCAGAGAAAGGCUCCCCCAGAACAGCUGUAAACACACUUCUCCCAGACAUAUGAGCAAUUCUGUUAUCUCGCCCAGGGUGAGUACCCUAUAACUAAUAAGUCUCCCAAGCAAUCUCGGAUGCCCAGCUGGUACAAAAGAAGUUGGAGUUUUUUGUAUAGUACAUGUUCAAGAAGGAAAUGAAUGAAUCUAUUAAAUGUCCAAAUAUUUUUUUGUUCAAACACCAAGAAUAGAGCAAAUCUAAAACAUAAGUAUGAAAAUAUUUAAUCAGUCAACAUUUCAAGGACUACAAUUUUCCUUUAAAAUUAAAAUUGUGCAGUUAGUUUUGGUUUUUGUUUACUGGUAUCUCCAGUACCUAGAACAGUGCCUAGCAUAUAAUAGCCAUUCAAUAAAUAUUUAUUAAUUUCCACUUUCAGAUUAUCUUUUAGCAUUCUAUAAUCACCAUUUAAUUCCAAUUAUUUAGCUCUGAAUUUAUUUUGUUCUAAUGAUUUUUUUAAAAGUCAACCUAUGAAAAAUUUAAAGUAUACUAGGUGUGAUCAAACAAUAUGGUGAAUGUCUAAA